GGUCGGUCCCUGAUGUCUCUGGUAGGUCCACAGGUAAGACAUCGCUAUCUAAUCAGCAGAGCUGGUGGAAGAUAUAAGACCGCAUGUUGACCCGAUAGUCGACAUCGCUCCAGACAUCAUCGCAAUGCGCGCGUUCCCUUCUCUUUGCGCAGCCGCGCUGCUCCUCCCGAGCGCGUGGGCAGUGACCAUUUCCGACAUCAACGGCGACCAGUAUAUCUCCCCGUACGACGGCGAACGAGUUUCGGGUGUCAAAGGCCUCGUGACCGCCAAAGGUUCCAGUGGGUUCUACCUCCGCUCGACGGAUGCUGACUCGGACGACCGGACCUCCAACUCCGUGUACGUCUACGGCAGUAGCGGGGUGUCCCAAGUCGCGGUCGGCGACAUUGUCACCCUGAGUGGCAAGGUGUCCGAAUACCGUUCGGACUCAUCGUAUGUGUACACCACAGAGAUCGAGUCGCCUUCCGACAUCACCGUCCUUUCCAGCGGCAAUGAGGUCACCCCCAUUGUAAUCGGACAGGAUGACUUGGACCCUCCCACGGAGCAAUACUCCUCUCUGGACAAUGGUGAUGUCUUCAGUUUGCCCGGCGGUUCGAGUCUGCUUUCCACCGCCAACCCCGUGUUGGACCCGACGGAGUACGGCAUGGACUUUUGGCAGAGUCUGAGUGGGGAGUUGGCUACCUUGAUGGGGGUCACUGCCAUCGGUAAGGCCAACAAGUAUGGAGACACCUGGGUGACGGGCAACUGGCCGGUGACGGGGAGGAAUGACCGAGGAGGGUUGACCAUGCGCGCCAACGAUUCGAAUCCGGAAUCCAUCGUGAUCGGAUCCCCCCUGGACGGAAGCGAUAACCCCACUGAUACCCAACUGGGCGACACCUUCGAGGACGUCACGGGAAUCAUCACGCAGGCAUAUGGAUUCUAUACGCUGCUUCCUUUGACCGCAUUGGAGAGGACAGGGUCGAAUUCGACACAGGCGGCGGCCACGACUCUCAGCUCGGAUGGAACCUGUAGUGCCAUCACCAUCGGCGAUUAUAACGUUGACAACUUCUCGCCAGAUACCACCCGGAUGAGCGGGAUUGCCGACCACAUUGCCAAUUACCUGAAGAGCCCCACCAUCGUGUUCCUGCAGGAGAUCCAGGACGAUAGCGGGUCAACCGAUGAUGGCGUUGUGUCCGCCAAUUUGACACUGUCGAAGCUGGCUAGCGCGAUCAAGGAACAAGGCGGAGUUCAAUAUAGCUACACGGACAUUGACCCCAUCAACGACACGAACGGCGGAGAAAAAGGCGGUAAUAUCCGCGUGGCCUACCUGUACGACCCGUCGGUGGUCCGCCUGCGAAAUUACAACCCUGGGUCCAGUACCGACGCUACGGAGGUCCUCGCGAGUGGCGGCCUGAGCUACAACCCGGGCCUGAUCGAUCCCACCAACGAGGCCUGGAACGACAGUCGCAAGCCAUUGGCAGCCGAGUGGGAGACAUUAGAUGGCAAGAACAGUUUCUAUACCAUCAACGUCCACUUCACAUCCAAGUAUGACAGCACUUCCCUCGAGGGGGACCCGCGACCCCCGAUCAACGGGUGGGUGGAGAACCGCGUGGAGCAGGCUGAAGUGGUUGCGAAAUUUGUCACGUCUAUCCUCGCUGUCAAUUCUGACGCGAAGAUAGUCACCGCGGGCGACUUCAACGAGUAUGCGUUUGUGGAGCCUGUCGAGGUCUUUGCCUCUGAGUCGACGCUGCAAGACCUGGAGGAGGUGACUGGGAUUCCUGCGACGGAGAGGUAUACUUAUUUGUACAAUCAAAACUGCGAAUCGCUGGACCACAUCUUCAUUAGUUCGGCAUUGACGUCUGGGGCCCAGAUGGAGCACAUCCAUGUCAACACCUGGGUGUCAACUGCCGACGAGCUGUCGGACCACGAUCCCACCGUGGCCUUGUUGAACGUGUGCGAAUGAACUACAUCGGGACUUGUGUGCCCCAACUUGCCGUGCUAGGGACCCGGCAGGCCUGAGCGCUGGUACUACCAAGUGGGUUCCCCAAGUUAUAGAGAGGCAAUAGAUUAAAUAUUAGCGAUUGGCCACUAGCGAACUGAAAUGCACAUGGUAGCUG